CCGCUUCAGGUUAUCUUUCUUCACGGAUUGGGAGAUACUGGGCAUGGAUGGUCAGAAGCACUUGCAGGUAUCAAAAGUCCUCAUGUAAAAUACAUCUGCCCACAUGCGCCAGUUAUGCCAGUUUCCUUAAACAUGAACAUGGCUAUGCCAUCAUGGUUUGAUAUCACUGGACUUUCUCCAGAUUCACAGGAAGAUGAAGCUGGAAUCAAGAAGGCAGCAGAGAAUGUGAAAGCACUGAUAGAUCAAGAAGUAAAAAGUGGAAUUCCUUCUCAUAGAAUUAUCCUGGGAGGCUUUUCUCAGGGAGGUGCUUUGUCGUUGUACACAGCACUUACGACACAACAAAAAUUAGCAGGUGUUGUAGCGCUCAGCUGCUGGCUUCCUUUACGGGCUUCUUUUCCUCAGGGCCCUAUCAGUGGUGUCAACAGGGAGAUUCCUGUUCUUCAAUGCCAUGGGGACUGUGACCCGUUGGUUCCUUUAAUGUUUGGUUCUCUUACUGCUGAGAAGCUGAAGAGUAUGAUAAAUCCAGCCAAUGUGACCUUCAGGACUUACUCUGGCAUGAUGCAUAGCUCAUGUAUUGAGGAAAUGAUGGAUAUAAAACAGUUCAUAGACAAGCAUCUACCUCCCAUGGACUGAAUUGAUGCCUGAGGGGCCUUCUGUACAGAUACACCAGCAGCAACUGUGGUAGUGUUAAUCUUUUCACAUACCUGAUAGGAUGCGUUAUUUCUACACCUGCAGUGUUACUACUGUGUUGCAAAUUUAUACUUAUGACAAGGAUAAAAAAAACAUACAUUUACAAGAAAUGAUAAUCUUUUUAGUAAUAAUCACCCACUGAUUGGACUAGAGGAAUGAGGCGUCUGGGUAACAAUGCCAGAAUCUGCACGUGCUAUUUUAAGAUAUGUCUGAUUUUUGAUUGCGGAAUUUUAAAAUAUUUGUAUAAGCAAUUAAAGGCUCAGUUUGAGUGAGCGACAUAAAUGUGACGGUUUAGUAUGCUUGAGAUAUGAUCUUAAUCGUCACUGAAAAUACAUUAAAGCAUUUUGUUUAACUGAUGCAUAAACUACAC